ACCAGUUGGCUGGCCUAAACUUCCGCUGCAGUGAAUUUUAACGGAAUCUAAAAAAUAUGGCCAUACGUUGUUUUUUCUCGGUUCGGAAAAAUCUAAACUGCGUCGGCAGAUUACAACUCCUCUUGUCGAAUGAUUGCAGCGCUGUGAUUGGCCUCUACAGCACAGCAGCAAAGCAGUGGGGAACAGGUGAUGAUUGCCAUGGUGAUGACACCACAGAUGACUCCAGCCAUGCAGGGACCAAUGUGAGACUGCUGGAGAUGAGAGCCAGCAAGCUGGAGGAGCAGGUCAGGGAGCUUACGGAAAGAUACAAAAGAGUCAUGGCUGACUCUGACAACGUUCGAAGAAGAACUCAGAAGUUUGUUCAAGACGCCAAGCUGUUUGGGAUCCAGAGUUUCUGCCGUGACCUGGUGGAGGUAGCUGACCUGUUGAAGCAGACGACAGGAAACGUGCAGGGGGAGGAGGACCAGAGACUGGCCCAGAUCAAGGACAGACUGCAGGGGGUCUUCACAAAGCACGGUCUUAUGAAGAUGAGCCCUGUUGGGGCUAAAUACGACCCUUACCAGCACGAGAUAGUGUGCCACACUCCUGCUGAGGGAUGGGAGCCUGGCACCGUUGCUGUGGUGAAGCAUGAUGGGUACAAGCUCCAUGGACGCACCAUCCGACAUGCUCAGGCUCUUAUAGCUGCCGAAGGAUGACCCAGGUGGGUGUUACACUUUCGGUGGUGGAUGAUCCAGCCUAUACAGAGCCGUAACUGUGAACUUCAACGACAGAAGUGCCUGAUGAAAAGCUCCUGGCCUGUCUGACUGAUGUUUCUCCCUCCCUGGCUGUACCAUCGACGCCACCACCACUCAAGCUACUCCUUUAUUGAACGGGAUCAUCAUCGAUCUGUGGAAGACAUCUCCAAUGAACGGCCAGCUGCCUGAAUUGUUUUGUUUUAAGCGACUUGGAGAUUCUGUAUUAGAAAAGCUAGCUAUAUGAAGCAAAUCUAUUAUUGUUAUUAUUAGUCAUAUGAAUGUGUUUUGCUAUUUACUGACAUUCACAUAUAUGUGUAGAUACUCAAGGAUAUUGUUAUACCUCAUAAGACCUGGUUGAUGAAAACCUUUAGUUUACUUAGUCAUGUGGAAGUUGUGUACAUUUGGAGAAGUUGCAUUAUUCACCCUGCCCUCCACAAUUGUGCUUGUUUCUGUACGUGAGCAAGUAAGAAUGAAGAUCUUGAUGUUAGAGAGAAUCUGUGAUCUUACGGGAUGGGAUGGUUGCGUAGAAUGUGCAGUUACCUGCGUCUUUAUAUGAAGGUUGCAACUUUACUUUGAAAAUGUUGAGAUUUAUGUAUUUAUUUGGACGUUGUGUUUUAUUUAGCAUUACCCAAAGAGCACUGUGUAUAUUUUUAUGAUGCAACAAUGAAAUGGUUUCAGUUAGGUGGGUUCAUAUCGUCUACCCAACCCCUCUCUCCACUUUUGAUUUUUUUUUUUAAAUCUGUCCCUUAAUUUAAAUUGUACUUUGAUGCACUUGAUCUUAUGUAAUACACUUGAUUUGAUGUACAGUGCCUUCCGGAUGUACACACACCCCUUGACUUUUUCAACAUUUUGUUACAAAUUUAGGAUUAAAAUGGAUUUAAUUUAAUGUCAAAGUGCGAGAUUUUUUAUUUGUAUUUUUUUAUUAAUAAAAAAUGUACUAUAUCUUGAUUCAGAAAAGUAUUCAAGCCCCUGAGCGAUGUUCCCUCUAAUGGAGAGGAAAUAUCAGCCCAAGCAGAGAAACACAAGAGUGAACUCCUCAACUUUCUGGAGUUUUCCACUUCUUUACUUAACACUAUCAACGUUUCACUCUACUGUGGGAAUUGUGCUUGAGUCAACGCAAUAUUAGCCACUUUCAAUGUAACAUACCGAAAGAAAAUGAACUAUGCACGACUUAGUUUUGCAUACUAACUGCAGAAGAUGUUCUUGUAGGCAGAGCAGCAUGGGAGUAGGAUUCUAUUGCAUUGACAGGCAUGACUCAUCCACCUACUCUACACAGACCAGUGAGCCAUAACCAAUCAGAGCUGCAGUAGGCCUAUAUGCAAAUAGCCAUUCACUUUGAACUGCUGUGUAUAUAGCAAAAGUAGAUUUGCAUUUAAAAAUAAAACUAUCAAA